GGUUUCCUUUUUUAUGCGAAGAGCAAAAGAAACAGUUUAGUUCACCAAGCGCGGACGCCUCUUUCUUCUCCAGUCUCUCCUCCAUCCCCCGAUUCCCAACUCCAGAACCUCUCCUCUCCUCGCCCUCCCACGGAAUCCCUGUUUUUAGCCAAGCCGCGACCAAAAAGGUGCGAUUUUUAACUAGUAGACCUCGUCCUCGGGGCGGCUUCCAAAGAUUCGAUUUAAGGCUGCGGCGGCGGCAGGCGAAAGCCCUUGCUUUUUCCCCUUUUAUCAGAAGAGGAGUUGACGAAGGCGGGGCCAAAGAGAGGCGGGCAGGGAGCGGUGGCGGGGAAUCUGAUGAUUCGCGGCUGUUCGUUGACCGUCUCCCUUCCUCGGAGGCCGUGACGGGCCCUCGUCGCUCGCCCCGAGAAGAGAUGAUGCGCAUCGGUGAGUAGAUAUCCCCGGUGGAGUUGGGGGGGGGAGGCGUGGGCGAGGGAUGAGGGCCGUCGGUGGUGAGGACGCGGAGGCGAUGGAGAGGGAAUUCGAGGCGAAGCUUCGCUUGCAGCAGCCGUUGCCGGGCGGGGUCGCCGGCGGCAAGGUGGUGCAGAGGACUAACAGCAUUGCCUUCAGGGCGCCGCAGGAGCAGUUCACCAUCAAGGAUUUCGAGCUGGGAAAGGUCUUUGGCGUCGGUUCCUACUCGCAGGUAGUCAGAGCAAAGAAGAAGGAUACAGGAAAUGUAUAUGCUUUGAAAAUUAUGGACAAGAAGUUCAUUGCAAAAGAAAAUAAAGUAUCCUAUGUAAAGAUGGAGCGUAUAGUACUUGAUCAAUUAGAUCAUCCUGGUAUAAUCAGGCUGUGUUUUACAUUCCAAGAUACACACUCUCUUUACAUGGCACUUGAGUGUUGUGAAGGUGGGGAGCUAUUUGACCAAAUAACCAGGAAAGGAUAUCUAAGUGAGGAUGAGGCUCGCUUCUAUGCUGCUGAAGUUGUUGAUGCUUUAGAAUAUAUUCAUGGUGUAGGAUUAAUUCAUCGGGACAUCAAGCCAGAGAACUUACUACUCACCGCUGAUGGACACAUUAAAAUUGCUGAUUUUGGCAGUGUGAAGCCAACUAGGGAUAGCCAAAUGACAGUUCUUCCAAGUUCAUUAAAUGAAAAGGCAUGUACUUUUGUUGGAACAGCUGCAUAUGUCCCUCCGGAAGUUCUUAAUUCUUGCCCAGCGACUUUUGCGAACGACCUUUGGGCUCUUGGAUGCACCCUAUAUCAAAUGCUUUCUGGUUCAUCUCCCUUUAAAGAUGCCAGUGAAUGGCUAAUUUUCCAAAGAAUCAUAACAAGAGACCUCAAGUUUCCUGAGUUCUUUUCACAUGAAGCAAGAGAUCUUAUUGAUAAGUUAUUGAUCCCAGUAAAAGACCAGGUGCUGGACCUGAUGGCUAUGCUUCUGUCAAGAAGCAUCCUUUCUUCAAUGGAGUUGAUUGGAAACAAUUGCGAAAGGCACCAGCACCAAGACUUGCUCUGGAUCAUGAUAAUGGUGUGGAUUAUGACAGUCAAGAUGCCACAUGGAACCUCACACAUGUGGGUGGUGCGCCUUCAGCUCACCAACAUGUCAUACCGGACGGGAAUGCUGGUGCCACAUCAUCUUCGGAAACACAAUCUCAUAUCUCCAGGCUGGCUUCGAUCGACUCAUUCGACUCGAGAUGAAAGCUUUUUGAAAAGUUGUUCACUAGUGGAUAACAUUUGCAUUUAUGUGAGCGUCAGGCAAGAGUUUCUUGAGCCUGGAGAGGUGAUUGUUAUGAUCUCAAAGCUGAAGAAGCUGAAGAAGCUGACUAACAGGAAAGUGCAACUCAUUCUUACUGACAAGCCCAAAUUGCUUUGCAUGGAUCCCUCCAAAAUGACAGCCAAAGCAAACAUAAUCUGGUCCCACAGUCCCAGUGAGCUUAGCGUCCAAGUAGCGAACUCUUCACAUUUCAAGAUAUGCACGCACAAAAAAGUGAUAUCUUUCGAGGAUGCAAAACAGCGGGCAUGGCAGUGGAAGAAGGCAAUCGAAGGGCUUCAACAUCGUUGAAUCUGCUGCUGUAUCACAGCCUUCCGAAAGCAUGAUACUACUUCCAAAUUACAAGAUUAUUCCCAAAGGAUAAUAACAAUAUGAAAAUGGGUUCCGCAAUGCAAAGUUGCAGAAGGAUCCUGUGUUGGUGUAUCACCUUUUUCUUUUCAUUUUUAUAGAUCAAACGGAACCAUGAUAGAUCUAUACGAGUCGAUGUUUGCUCAUGGGACCAUGUCAGAUAGACUUACUACAAAAUUUACAGCCAUAGAGCUGUAUCAUUUUUAUUUUGCA